AUGGCGGGUUACAGAGCCGACGACGACUACGACUAUCUCUUCAAGGUAGUUCUGAUCGGAGACUCAGGCGUAGGUAAAUCUAAUCUUCUUUCUCGGUUCACGAAGAACGAGUUCAAUCUCGAGUCCAAAUCCACCAUUGGUGUUGAAUUCGCUACUCGUACUUUAAAUGUUGAUUCCAAAGUCAUUAAGGCUCAGAUCUGGGAUACUGCUGGACAAGAGAGGUAUCGUGCCAUCACCAGUGCUUACUAUCGCGGGGCAGUUGGUGCACUUCUUGUAUACGAUGUCACACGCCAUGCAACAUUUGAAAACGUCGACAGAUGGCUGAAAGAACUGCGAAACCACACAGAUUCCAACAUUGUUGUGAUGCUUGUUGGCAACAAAGCAGAUCUUCGUCACCUUGUUGCCGUAUCAACUGAAGACGGAAAGUCUUAUGCUGAGAAAGAAUCACUUUACUUUAUGGAAACCUCAGCUCUCGAGGCUACUAAUGUAGAGAGUGCAUUUGCUGAAGUUUUGACUCAAAUCUACCAUAUCGUUAGCAAGAAAACGGUAGAGGGUGCUGAAAAUGGAAAUGCAUCUGUGCCGGCCAAAGGAGAGAAAAUAGAUCUUAAAAAUGAUGUCUCUGCCUUGAAGAGAGUUGGUUGCUGCUCAAGCUAA